AUGACUGUCGACAGCUUCCGAGAUUUCGCGUCAAGGACACAGAUUUCGGACGUGCUGAAGGGCGCAAGUGCCAAUCCAGGAAAGAGGGACUGCCAUGUCAAGGAUGUCAAAGUGUUGGUUACGAUGCUGUCGAGGUCGUGGAUGAUAGAAGAGGAAUCAGUUCAAUGCACGGAGCAGCAGCAGAUUCAGGCAGCAGUGAGUGGUACGUGGACCAUCAAGGAGGUACCGACAAGCGAGACAUGCGGCGCAUCGAAGAGGACAGCUACUACCGCGCCAUGA